AUGCUUCCAGUGACUCGUAAAGUAACACUGCAGAUUUGCUGUACUCUAUCGCUAUGGCGAUCAGCUAAUCAGUAUUCAAAUUUUCUACAGCUGGUUUUAUUUUCUUUCAGCAAAAUGAGCUCCUUCCGAUCUUACGUAUGGGAUCCGGUGCUGCUUAUUAGUCAGAUGGUAUGCAUGCAAACGGUUUUCUACACAACAGAAUGUGUCGCAAUGGUCGCAUACAGUAUAACUGGCUUCACUCCUACAUUGGCUCACAUUUAUUCCCUACAAGCUCUUCGUGUGAUGGUGGUCGUGCAAUUGCUGGCGACUCUUUCGUGUGGAGUCGCGAUGAGAUUUGUGGUCCAACGUGCCAAGCAGUGCCUGGAUUUCUCAUGCACCCUGCACGUAUUCCAUCUUCUGAUUGUUAUCAUCUACAAUUUUGCCUUCCCUACCCAACUGCUGUGGUGGGGUGUGCAAAUAGCCAGUGUUGUAAUAUGCACGUUACUUGGCGAAUAUCUCUGUAUGGCAGCUGAGUCACAAGAAAUUAGACUUGGUCCACCGUCGAAGUACGACCUUUGA